ACAUUAGCCGGUCCGUGGUCUGACAGAAGUCUCCCUUUCCACUCUGGCCAGUCCCAGCGUCCCGGGCCGGGGUCUCCCCUCCCAGUCUGUGUUGGACGGGGGCGCUGAGGCGGUGGCCGGGCCUGUCUGAGGAAGAGGGUGGGGCCUAGUGUAAAGACAACCAAUAAGCGAGAAGGAAGCCACAAUUGGCGGCCAUGAGCGCUAAUGGGAGAUCGCCUUUACCUUGCGGAGUGCCGCCCUCUUCUCUUCUCCCGCCUCCUUCCUUUUGGAGGAAGGCGGGGCCAGAGGACUGAAGUGUGGGGAGAACUUGGGCUCUGCUCUGCUUUAUGAAAUAUGGGAGACGACAGACCGUUUGUGUGCAAUGCCCCGGGCUGUGGACAGAGAUUUACAAAUGAGGACCACCUGGCAGUUCAUAAACACAAGCAUGAGAUGACAUUGAAAUUUGGCCCAGCCCGAACUGACUCCGUCAUCAUUGCAGAUCAAACACCUACUCCAACUAGAUUCCUGAAGAACUGUGAGGAGGUGGGGCUCUUCAAUGAACUAGCUAGUUCCUUUGAACAUGAAUUUAAGAAAGCUGCAGAUGAAGAUGAAAAAAAGGGUGCUGCUGGGCCUCUUGACAUGUCUCUGCCUUCAACACCAGACAUCAAAAUCAAGGAAGAGGAGCCAGUGGAGGUAGACCCGUCACCCCCUGACAGUCCUGCCUCUAGUCCCUGUUCCCCACCACUAAAGGAGAAGGAACUUGCCACAAAACCUGUUUUGAUUUCUACCCCUACACCCACUAUCGUACGUCCUGGUUCUCUGCCUCUCCACUUAGGUUAUGAUCCACUUCACCCAACUCUUCCUUCCCCAACCUCUGUCAUUACACAGGCUCCACCAUCUAACAGGCAAAUGGGAUCUCCUACUGGCUCCCUCCCUCUCGUCAUGCAUCUUGCUAAUGGACAGACCAUGCCUGUGCUGCCAGGGCCUCCAGUUCAGAUGCCUUCUGUUAUUUCGCUGGCCAGACCUGUGUCCAUGGUGCCCAACAUUCCUGGUAUACCUGGCCCACCAGUUAACAGUAGUGGCUCCAUUUCUCCAUCUGGCCACCCUAUGCCAUCAGAAGCCAAGAUGAGACUAAAAGCCACUCUGACCCACCAAGUCUCUUCAGUCAAUGGAGGUUGUGGAAUGGUGGUGGGUACUGCCAGCACCAUGGUGACAGCCCGUCCAGAGCAGAACCAGAUCCUCAUCCAGCACCCUGAUACCCCAUCCCCUGCCCAGCCACAGGUCUCUCCAGCUCAGCCCACCCCUAGCACUGGGGGACGACGUCGGCGCACAGUAGAUGAAGAUCCAGAUGAGCGUCGGCAGCGAUUUUUAGAGCGAAACCGAGCUGCAGCCUCCCGGUGCCGCCAAAAGCGGAAGCUGUGGGUGUCCUCCCUGGAAAAGAAGGCAGAAGAACUUACUUCUCAGAACAUUCAGCUGAGUAAUGAAGUCACAUUACUACGAAAUGAAGUAGCUCAGUUGAAACAGCUGCUGUUAGCUCAUAAAGAUUGCCCUGUCACUGCACUACAGAAAAAGACUCAAGGCUACCUAGAAAGUCCCAAGGAAAGCUCAGAGCCAACGGGUUCCCCAGCCCCAGUGAUUCAGCACAGCUCUGCAACAGCCCCUAGCAAUGGCCUUAGUGUUCGAUCUGCAGCUGAAGCUGUGGCCACCUCGGUUCUCACUCAGAUGGCCAGCCAAAGGACAGAACUAAGUAUGCCCAUACAGUCACAUGUGAUCAUGACCCCACAGUCACAGUCUGCGGGCAGAUGAUGCCUCCUGUGACGGAGAGAUCCCCAGCCAGAGCUCGCCCGCCUGAGCCAAGAGAGAGAUCAACUUACCCUUCCCUUCUGCCUUGGAUGUGGCAGUAUGGGAGAGGAAGAAAUUGUGUGUUGUGAGUAUGGACAGAUGUCGGGCUCUUCUCUUUAGCCACAUGAUCAUGUAUGCUUGACACCUGUACUAGGGGCUUCUGGCCCCAAGCCACAUAGAUUAUCCCCCAAUGGUGGGGUUUCUUAUGUACCGACAGCCAAAGGCCUUUCCAUAUGGUCUGAGCAAUCAUCCCUGGCCCUGAUGCAUGUGUACCUGUCUCUUAACACUAACCCUUGCACUUGUAGGUUUGGGGUUUCUCAGUGUCCUCUCCUCCCAGUGAGCUGUGGCUGUUAUCUCCUUAUUCCUUACUAGCAUGCCACUUCCUGCCAGAUAGAGGGAGACUAGAUUUGAUGGCAUGUUACUUGCUGUCCCAACCCCAGCCACCCCAUGCACUCAGGACUUUGUCUCCCAAUAGCUGCUUAUUUAUCUCUUUUCCCCCUUCCUAAAUUGCAGUGAAAACAUUCACUUAUUGAGAAUGUAAUCCCUUUGAUGUAUGAAGUAGCAGUAUUUUCCACUUCUUACAUGUGCUUUAUUCCUUAUUCCUAUCUGCUACCAAAAACAAACACAAACCAAAAAAAAAAAAGUAAAACUCUGAGAGUUUGAAUCA